GAGUGAGUGAAUGAAAGAGAAAUCUUUUGGAGGGAGGGGGCACUGGAUCUUGGAUGAGCUGGUCCUGCGCAGGAGGAUUAAAAUAGUUGGUUAUCAGUGCUGUGGCUGCUGAGUGUUGGAAAGGCUCGCAGGAGGAGAGGAACACAGCUGGUGAGAGACAUGAACUCUCUGCAACUGCCUAGAACAGGUGUGACCUUCUGGAGCUCUUCCAGAAGUGUGUUCUGUCUUACAGUUCUGUUCGCCUGCCUGACCAUCGCCACCCCUUUCCAUAGCCCUCCCAUGAUGCCCGGCUCAGGUUCGGCCUUCUCCGCCACGCGCAGCAGCAGCGUGCUGGGUGGCUCUCAGCGAGCCGUAACCUUCGACCGCCUUCUGGUCAACGUGGGCAGCGACUUUAAUCCGGACACAGGCCGCUUCCGCUGCCGGGUCCCGGGUGCGUACUACUUCAGCUUCACUGUAGGUAAAUACCCAAAGAAGCUGCUGUCCAUCAUGCUGGUGAAGAACGGGCUGGAGGUGCAGGCCAUGGCUUACAACGAGUUCAGGAGAAAAGGCCGAAAGAUGCAGAGCCAGAGUGCCAUGAUUAGCCUGAAGCCCAUGGACACGGUAUGGCUGUUGGUGCAGGAAAGCCCAGAUUAUGCCCUUUACAGCAACGUUGGACCUUACAUCACUUUCAGUGGCUACUUGGUGUAUCCAGAAUCUAGAACUUCCAUGGGCUUCCUUAACAACCAUUUGAGCCCAGCAGAAAUUCACCCAGACUGCCCACCCCCUGCAGACCCUAACUACAGCUGGGGUAGAAGGGAACCCUCAGAGGAAUCCAGGUCUGCGUUUUCAGUAGCUAGGACUUUCUCCACCCUGGGAGAAAAUAGGAGGCGCAAGAGGGAGGCACUGACAUUCGAUGUUGAGUACGUCAACAUCGGUGGGCAUUUCAACAAGUCCUCAGGCCACUUCACAUGCCACGUCCCGGGGGUCUACUUCUUCGCCUUCACAGUGGGGAAGCACCCUCGGAGAGCCGUGUCGGUCAAGCUGAUGACAGGCAGAGGAGAGGUGCAGGCCAUGGUGUUCGACGAGGACAUGUCACGCAAAAGAGAGAUGCAAAGCCAGAGUCUCAUGUUACCGCUGAAUAGAGGAGAUGUGGUGUGGUUGUAUAGCCAGCAGGACGAGCGCUACGCUGUCUACAGCAACCAGGGACGCUACACUACCUUCACUGGCUUCCUCGUCUACCCCGACUCUGAUUUAAUGAACCAAGACAGAACUUUUCACUGA